UCUGAUUCUGCAUCAAGACAGCCUCGUUGAAACACCAACUAGCUUCAUCGGACAUAUUCACCAUGAUAUGGCAGCUCUGUCAGCACUGAGGUCUCAAAUAUGUACAGGGAGAAGAUGAUCUUCCUCAUCCUGCUGCUCCUCUUCCUCACCCCCUGUGUCUCUGGAACAUUUGUAGUGAAUGUGACUCAGACUUCCUAUCAGGCAGAGGAGAACCAGAACAUCACCUUGGAGUGGACCUUCAGGUCCAGAAGAGACACUUCCCUCAGAUCCAUUUCUACCUUCUGUCAGCUUUAUACAUAUAUCAGACCCUACCUCCUGUUUCAUCUAAAUGAAGGUGAUGAACUCCCAGAGUCUCAGGAUCCACAGUUUGCUGGACGACUCCAGUGUGACAAAGACGUCCUCCCAGAAGGACGCCUCACACUUCAUGUCUCCAGACUCAGGACCAAUGACUCUGGGUUUUAUGUGUGUGACAUACUCGUCAGACCUGAUGGGAGUAACUCUAGGAGAUGCUGGCUCAACGUCACUGCUGCUGAAGAGCUCGAACCUCAGAGACCAUCAGAGAGUCCUCAAGCAGAGAGUUGGGCAGGUGUUUGGGUUACUGUUGGUGUGUCAGCAGCUGUUCUGGUUCUCUUUGUUGUCAGCAUUUGGAAAGUUUGUAUUCCUAGAUUUAAGAGAAGAACCUACAAUGCAGCCAUACAGAUGGGGAGUUUAUCAGAGGAACAAACCAUCAGGACUAACAUAUCUCCAUCUGAAUCUGAGCAUGAAGUGAGACUCUCCAACAUCUGAUUCAAGAGUCAGGAAAGAGCUCAGUGUAACCUCUGUAA